AUAUUUUGCCACCAGGUAAAUCAAAGUAGUUUACAUUAUUUUUGUGCUUAUGUCAUUGAUUUAUGCAUUACUUGUUGAAUUUGGUUUAAACUAUGCCAUUGACAAAAUUCUUGCAGACCAGAAGCAUCCUUAUUUAUAAAAAUCUAGGAGAAAUUGUUAUUCCACCAAGUCACAAAGUCGAGAUAUUCAUUGCAUCCAUGCUGCGUGUUGAAUCGAUCAUUGAAAUAAUAAUGUUCGAGUGUCCCUAUAUCAUAUCCAUACUUCCAUGUACAGAUAGCAAAGCACUACAGGCGAUGUCCACACUAAAAGGGUGUAUACAAAAGCAAAAUUGUGGCAAAGAAUGUCCAUCCGAUACCGUCUGGCAUCGUAACUUAAAAGAAGUCAUCAGUUGUAGUGGGACAUCUGAGGAGGGAAUGGCUGCCUCCAUGUGGAAUCUCUGGUUGAAAUCCACGUCUUUAUUUGAUCAAGUGAAUAAUUUCGUGUUAGAAUGGAAAGAUGAAGCCUAGACCGAAGAGUUUGGGGGAAUUCAGCAAAUAGAGUUAAUUAGUGUGUUGAGAAGAAGUAUGAUUUAUUACAUAUCUGUAGUUUAGUUGCAGUUGUUACAUAUCGUCACCCCAGCUUCGGCAAUAAUUGUUCUUUCCUGAAUGAAAUAGAACAGAAUUUUAACUCUUGCUAUUGGUAAUGACAAACCAUCAGUGUUUAAUCUC